AACCAAAAUGGUGAAGCCUUCGACUUUCCCCCGUGCUUCAUGAAACCUUCCAGACUCUCCUCCACCUUCCUUCCUGUGUAUAAUCGAACCUCUGUCAUCUCUCCCAUUCUCUCCCCGCCGCCAUUAAACCACAGAAGGCUGCACACUGCCGCAAGCAACAUCCCAAACACACUGCAAUACCUCCAGUCAUUCCGCAGCCUAAUCGAAUCCCUUUCAAAGAACCCAAGGAAUUACAAAGCUCUGACCACUCUAGACACGUUCUUGGCCCAAACCCACUGCUUCACCCCAGCAACCUCGGUGAUUGUCAUUGAUUUUCUUUCCCAAAUCAAGAAACUUCAGAGGGCAAAGGCUGUUGUGCAUAGUCUCAAAUGUCAAGGCAAGGUUUCUGAUCACUUCUUGUAUGGUUUAGUAUUUGAGUUUUUAGUUAAAGAUGAGAACUUUAAUGCUGUUGAGACUGUCUGGGCUGAAAUUUGUGGGUCUGAUGUUAGAAUCAGUGCUUCUGAUUAUAUUAUACAUGUGUGCAAACAUGGCGGUGUAGAUGAAAUUAAAAGAGUCUAUGAAAAAGUUCUGAUGGGUGGCAGUGUACAUUUGGAAAGGCAAAGCCUUGUUGCUUUGAUUGGGGCUUUGUGCAGAGUGAAUGAGGGCAGUUUAGCUAAAGAGUUGGCUGGUGAAAUGCUUGAUAGAGGGAUUGCAGUGGAUGAUUUGAGUUAUUUUGUGAUAUUUCAGUGCUUUUGCAGAAAUGGGGAUGUGGAUGAAGCUGACUUGAUUUUGAGAAAAUUGUGGAAAACUAAAUUCCAUUUUGAUGUAUGUAUCUAUGGGAGCUUCUUGCAUGCACUGUGUAAAUCUGGGAAAUUAAGAGAGGCAAAUAAGUUGUUUUGCAGACUGAUUAAAAGGGAUAGCUCGGAGGUGUCCAAAAAGGCUGCCAUUUUGAAGGAGGGAAGAAGGGCGAUUUUUCAGAUGAGUUGGGAGGGUGCCAUUCCAGAAAUAGUAGCAUAUGAAGCUUAUUUUAGAUCCUUAUGCAGUGCAGGGAGGAUCAAUGAGGCACAGGAACUACUGAAAGAUAUGAAGAAGAAACGAAACUCGUUGGAGAUAUGCAUUUAUGGUUCCUUCAUCAAUGCCCUUUUUCGGGCAGGGAGGGCCGAAGAUGCACUGAAGUUCUUCGAUGUGGAGAGCUACAAAGGAGUGAUAAGGAUGGAAGAUAUGGCCAGGUUUGUCAUUACGGGGCUCUGCUACGAUGGCAGACUCGAUGAAGCAUUGGAGAUUUUCAACAAUGGAAUCGCGUGUGCUAGGACACUUAACUGCAUUCUUGAUGGUUAUUGGAGAGCAAGAAGAGUUGUCGAGGCAGAAAGAUUGUUUCAGAGACUACAGGGUGGCGGUUUUGGAUACUAUAACGUAUCAACUUAUGGUACCAUGAUUAAUGGCUAUUGCAACGAGGGCAACGUUUCAAAGGCGGUUCGCUUACUGGACGAAAUGCUUAGCAGAAAAAUGUCGGUGAAUCAGACAUUGUAUGCGAUGAUCAUUGGAGGAUUGUGUGCUUGUGGAAGAGUUGAGCAAGCACUGCAAUAUUUCAAUGCAAUGGUUGAAAAUGGACAUGCUGUUUCUGGCAAGAGAUGUGAAUCACUUCUUCAUCUGUUAUUGAAUUCAGAUGGGAUGAGCAGUGAACUCUGAUAUAUCUAUUUUAUACUCUCUGGAAAUUAGAUUGAAUAAACUAAAAAGUAUGAAAAGAGGAGCCAAAUGAAUUAGGGGAUUCUUUCUGACUAACAAUCGUUUUUACACACAAA